GUACGUCAUCACCCCGCGCCGCGCCACCAUCAUGUCGGCGCUGGGGGCCACGGAGGCGGCGGCCGCGCCCGGUGGGGCUCUGUUCCGGCCGCUCAGCGCCGAGGAUGGCGAGCAGCAGCCGGCAGAGAUCGAGUCCCUGUGCAUGAAUUGCUACCGCAACGGAGUGACGCGGCUCCUGCUCACCAGGAUCCCUUUCUUCAAAGAGAUCAUCGUCAGCUCCUUCUCGUGCCCCAGCUGCUGCUGGUCCAACACGGAGAUCCAGGCAGCGGGCAGGAUCCAGGAGCAGGGCGUGUGCUACACCCUGGCUGUCACCUCCCGCCAGGACAUGAACAGGGAGGUGGUGAAGACCGACUGUGCCUCAGCCCGAAUCCCAGAGCUGGACUUCGAGGUGCCUGCCUUCAGCCAGAAGGGAGUGCUCACCACCAUCGAGGGCAUCAUUGACAGAGCUGUGGCAGGCCUGGAGCAGGACCAGCCCGCCCGCAGGGCGACGGACAAAGAGGUGGCCAGGAAGAUAGACGAGUUCAUUGGUAAACUGAGGCAGCUGAAGGAAGUCCAGACCCCCUUCACGUUUAUCCUGGACGAUCCCUCCGGGAACAGCUUCGUGGAGAACCCGCGCGCGCCGCAGAGGGACGAGGCCCUGCUGGUCACUCGCUACAGGAGGAGCCCCCAGCAGUGUGCCCUGCUGGGCCUGGAGGGAGAGGAGCCGGACGCGAAGCCGCUGGACGCUGCCGAGGACCUGAGGGACGAGGUGCUGCAGUUCAACACCAACUGCCCCGAGUGCAACGCCCCGGCCAGCACCAACAUGAAGUUAGUGCAAAUCCCCCACUUCAAGGAGGUGAUUAUCAUGGCCACCAACUGUGACUCCUGUGGGCACAGGACCAACGAGGUGAAGUCUGGAGGAGCCAUCGAGCCGCAGGGCACCAGGAUCUCCCUCAGGAUCACGGACCCUUCGGACAUGACCAGGGACAUCCUGAAGUCAGAGACGUGCAGCGUGGAGAUCCCCGAGCUGGAGUUCGAGCUGGGCAUGGGAGCGCUGGGGGGGAAGUUCACCACGCUGGAGGGGCUGCUCAAGGACAUCAGGGACCUGGUGGAGAAGAACCCCUUCACCCUGGGGGACAGCUCCACGCCCAGCAGGACGGGGAAGCUGCAGGAGUUCCUUGGGAGGCUGCAGGACAUCAUAGAGGGCAAGGCCCAGGCUCACUUCAUCUUGGAUGACCCUGCAGGCAACAGUUACCUUCAGAACGUGUACGCCCCGGAGGAGGACCCGGAGCUGAGCGUGCAGCGCUACGAGCGCAGCUUUGAGCAGAACGAAGAGCUGGGUCUGAACGACAUGAAAACAGAGGGCUACGAGCCAGAGCCGGCCUCGGGCCGGUAGCGGGGCCACCCCGGCCCUCCCAGCCCCCUUCCCCAGCUGCGCCCGGGACCAGGACUCGUGCGGGGCCGGGGCUCCUCUGCCCUGGCCGGGCCCGGAGCUGUUCCCGGCGGGGCCGGGGCUCGGGGCCUCCCCGCGGGCUGUGGCUGCUGAGGGCAGGGGGUGGCAAAGGCGGCUCUCCAAUAAAGCUGAUUGAUAACGCUGA